CCCAACUUGACCCAUCUCCCGCCGGCUUUGGAGUUCCCUUGUUCCGCGGAGCUUCCCUCCCUAUUUAAGCCGUCGCCAUGGCUAGCCUGGGGCUCAAUGAGACCGGAAUGGAGAACUGCAGGAUUGACGACUCCUUUAAGUACAACUUGUACUCUGUGGUCUAUAGCGUGGUCUUUGUGUUGGGCCUGAUCACCAACUGUGCUGCCCUCUUUGUAUUCUGCUUCCGGAUGAAGAUGAGCAAUGAGACCACAAUGUUUAUGACUAACUUAGCUUUAUCUGAUUUAGUGUUUGUUUUCACGCUGCCGUUCAAGGUCUUCUACAAUGUUAGACGCAACUGGCUGUUCGGAGAUGGACUUUGUAAAAUUUCGGGAACGGCCUUCAUCACCAACAUCUACGGCAGCAUGCUCUUCCUCACCUGCAUCAGUGUAGACCGCUUCCUGGCAAUAGUCUACCCUUUCCGCUCACGCUCUAUACGCACACGCAGGAAUGCAGCGCUGGUGUGUGCUGCCGUGUGGCUGACAAUCCUGGGUGGAGGAAUAUCAGUGACCUUCUUCUCCACCAUCAACAGCAAAAACCAAUCCACCAAAUGCUUUGAGGGCUUCUCUCAGAGCACCUGGAGGACCUACCUGUCCAAAAUCACCAUCUUUAUUGAGAUCGUGGGCUUCCUCAUCCCCCUGCUGGCCAACUUGGUAUGUUCCUCACUGGUACUGAGGACUCUGCGUCGCCCUGCAACUGUUGGUCACGGCUGCGACAGCAAGAGGCGUGUCUUACGGAUGAUUGUGGUGCAUCUGGGCAUCUUCAUCAUAUGCUUCGUGCCUUACAACUCUAUCCUCUUCCUUUAUGCCCUGGUGCGGACCCAGGCCCUGGCUAACUGCGCCAUUGAGCGAUUUGCUCGAACUCUUUACCCGAUCACGCUGUGCCUGGCCAGCCUCAACUGCUGCCUGGACCCCGUGGUGUACUACUUCACCUCAGAGAGCUUCCAGAAAAGCUUGACCCAGGGAGGAAAAGGGUCAGGCUCUCGACCUGAGAGCAUCCCCCGCAGUGAUGCAGAGACCCAGGACACAACAAACACUCUCCCUAAAGACACACACACUGUAGCCAGCAAUGGAAAAGAGGCAAAUGUGUCUGAAAGUCAGUUCUGAUUCAGCAGGGAAGAUGGAAGAGAAAGAAGGACAUGGUGGGUUUUCAAUGACAUGAGCCCUGAUUUGGGGGAAAAAUAAACAAUCAGCUGUUUGGUCCUGGAAGUGACAAACACAUAGCUCAACAGAUUAGUUAAGUCCUGAGGUAAGUCCUGAGGUAUGGCCUGGGCUUUAGGGAUUAAUCCGCCACAGGAGAACAGAGGAAUGUAUCUGUGUUUAUUAUGAGAGAAAGCCACAGGGACCAGAGAACCACACAAAUCACGACUAUUUUGAAAGUGCAGAGACAUGCAGAGCCUCUAAAAGAGACUCCCAUACAUCACCACUCAGGCUUAACAUGCACAAACACUCACAAAUGCACUGGAUAAGAUGGAAAAUUCCGUCCUCAUUGUUGAAAUACACUGAUAAAUACUUUUGUAACACACUGAGCCCGUAGGUCUUAUUGUUAUAAAGC